AUGGCUGUCAUCGGCAAACUGGUCACGCGGCAUUUUCGCUUGUCUUUACGCUGUUCACUAAUAAAUAGAAAACAAAGACCUUAUUCAAUUUUAGCUCAAAAACCAGCGUACACUAGCAAUUAUAUUUCCAAAAACGAGUUUAAAACCCUACCAUCUGUAGUUACUCAAAAAUUGUGUGCAAUAAACAGUCAUAUGAAAACAAUGGGUGCAUUAAGUCCAUUAGAUCCAUCGUCUUUUUCAAGGCCAGAGCUCGCUGUUAUAAAACAUGUUGACUUAUUAUACAAAGUGGAUUUUGAAAAGAAAAUGUUAUAUGGGACAUCUGUUUUAACAAUUCAAGUAUUAGACUACAUCGAGGAUGUGAUAUUGGAUACAAAUAAUUUAACAAUAGAGGCUGUUGAAUUAAAAGAUGGUACAACAUUGAAGUAUAAAUUAGAUGAACCUAUUCCUAAUUAUGGUUCAAAGCUGACUAUCACUUUACCCCAGUCAGCUGCACCUGAGCAAAAAUUGCAGAUUAAAAUAAAGUACAGCACUGAGCCAUCAGCAACAGCAUUGCAAUGGUUGGAACCAAAUCAGACAUCUGGCAAGACGCAUCCUUAUCUUUUCAGUCAAUGUCAGCCAGUCCAUGCACGAUCCAUUCUACCCUGUCAAGAUACACCAGCUGUUAAAUUCACUUAUGAAGCCGAAGUAAUUGCACCUGAGGAGUUCACAGUUCUCAUGAGUGCAAUCCGUGGAGAGAGCAACGGUAAUAAGACUACUUUUAGACAACCCGUGCCUAUACCAUCCUACUUAUUGGCGCUGGCAGUAGGUGUCCUGGAGUCCAGGAGAUUAGGACCUAGGUCUCAAGUAUGGUCUGAAAAAGAGGAAAUAGAACAGAGUGCCUGGGAAUUUGCGGAAACCGAAAAGUAUUUGCAAGCUGCGGAGAGACUUUGCGGCCCCUACCAAUGGACACAGUACGACUUACUAGUUUUACCCCCUUCAUUCCCUUAUGGGGGUAUGGAGAACCCUUGUUUGACGUUUGUUACCCCUACCUUAUUGGCUGGUGACAGGAGUCAAGCAGAUGUAAUUGUCCACGAGAUAAUGCACAGCUGGACUGGCAAUCUGGUGACAAAUCGGAACUUCGAACAUUUCUGGCUUAACGAGGGUUUUACAGUGUUCCUUGAAAGGAAAGUUGGUGCGUCGCUCAUAGAAGAUCCAGUGAAAGCUAAAAAGAGCAGGGAUUUCCAUAGCAUACUCGGGCUGCAGGAACUUAGUGAAACAAUUAUAAGUAAUCUCGGUGUGGAGAAUCCCCUAACAUGUCUGGUACCAGACUUGAACAACACUCAUCCAGAUGACUCAUUCUCCCGAGUGCCAUAUGAAAAAGGUUCUCUCUUCCUUCGCUACCUCGAAGAUUUAAUAGGAGGCCCAGCUGUUUUUGACGACUUCCUGCGAUCAUAUCUCAACAAUUUCCAAAGACAGUCAAUAGACACCGAUCAGUUUAAAAGCUACCUUUUAAACUACUUCAAAGAUAAUGAAAAUUUAUCGACGGUAGAUUGGGAUACCUGGCUCCACAAGAGUGGUAUGCCACCAGUAAUACCAAACUAUGAUACGUCUAUGACGAAAUCAGUGACAUCUCUCUUGGAACAUAUUAAUGAACCAUCUGCCAACUUCUCUAAUGAUGAUAUUAGGUCAUUCACUCCACACCAAAUUAUCAAUUUGCUACAAUCUUUAAUCGACCAAGAUCCCCUGCCGUUAGACAAGCUACGUGAUCUUGGUGACGCAUACAAAGUUGCUAACAGCAAAAACACUGAAAUAACAUACAGAUGGCUAAGAUUGUGUAUAAGGAGUAGGGAUGAAACAAAAUUGAGUGACGUAUUCGCAUUUGUCAACCACCAAGGACGUAUGAAAUAUGUUCGACCUAUCUACAGAGACCUUUAUGCCUGGGAAGAUGUUCGGGACCAAGCUAUAGAAAACUUCCUCAAGAAUGAACCUUACAUGAUGCACGUAUCUGCUUAUACAUUAAGAAAAGAUUUGCAUCUUGGUGAAUGAUUUUAAAAGAAAACAAGUAUUUUAUUUGUUGAAAAUUAUUGUUUUGGUUAUAGUCAAGUUGUAUAAAUGUGUAACAUGUGCUUCGGCUUUGCAGGAGUUUAAUUAAGUAUUGUUCAUUAUGUAUUUUUAAUUUUAUUAAACUAUAUAAAUAGUUGAACAACAUAAUCCUUGUUACGUCUUGCUUUUUAGCAUCUACCAAAAUGGUAGUUUUAUCAGACAGAAAAUAUUUAAAAUUACUAUGUCCUUAUAUGUUAAGGAGCAAUAUUUUGUUAUGAAUAAAUCAAUAUAUACUUC